CAACCACUCGAUCUGAACCGCGAAAGAAACCGUUAAAAAUUAUUGCACCCGUGAGCUCCAACCGUCUUCCUCACUUCUUCUUCUUCUCUCGAUCUCUCUCCACUCGCCGGCGGUUCUCGCCGCCAUCUUCUUGGCUGACUCUCUCUCUCUCUCUCUUCCCCGCUAUCCCCACAACCGCACUUAACCAUAACAAGAUCAAUAAAGAAGCUCCUGAAGAACCCACGCAUUCCAAAUCCCGAAGAGAGAGAGAGUGACAGAGUGAUGGAAAGGGAUCGCAUUAGCGGAAGUGCGAUUCUUGAAGUCCACCUGAUCUCGGCCCAGAACCUGAAGCCGCCUCCGGCCAACAUGCGCCGUACCGAGACUUACUCCCUCGUCUGGGUCGACCCCGCCACCAAGCUCCGUACCCGCCUCGACCGGGUCGGCUCCGAUAACCCCACCUGGAAUGACAAGUUCUUCUUCCGGGUCGGCCCGGACUUCCUCUCCAGCGACACCUCCGGCGUCACCGUCGAGAUCUACGCCGUCGGGUACAUCCGCGACUACCUGGUCGGCUCCGUGCGGCUGCUCCUGAGCACCGUCCUCUCUUGGCCUGAUUUCGUGGGUAACAGCAAACUCCCCUAUUUCACGGCCGUCGGCAUUCGCCGUCCUUCCGGCAAGAUACAUGGAGUUCUCAACAUCGGAAUAAUGCUGACCAACGGCUCCGACUUCACGGCCCUGAAAGGGGCGUCCGCGAUCGGCUACCGCGAUUUGAUGGGGCAGUCGGCCGGCGCGCCGAGAAGAGGCGAUCGCCGGAGGGAGAAGAAGAAGAAGAGAUUGAGUGCGGUGGGGGACCAUGGGGAGGUUUCGGGCGGCGAGUCUUGCGAGUACUGGUGGCCCGACUCGGCUGGGGACGUCUCGGACGGGGGCGAUUCGACGACCUCGUCCUCGUCGACGGCGUCGACGGUACUCAAGGAGUGGAACGGGAUGAGGGAACUGGCGGGGAAGAGCCUGAGGCGGUCGUCCUGCGUUGGGGGGUUCUUGUGCGGACUUCCGCUUCAGAGAUAGUGGACGACGACGCCGAUGCCGUCGAUUCUGUUGACCGGAUUGGUCAAAGUGAGGACCAAUUGGGGGUAUGCGUUGACUUUCUGGUCAAACGGGUGUUUUGUUUUUUUACUGUAGGCGCUGGGUAAAGUGCCUCUGCAUUGGAGAAGCAGUGAAAAAGUUUUCUUUUACUUUUGAUUCUGCGGAUGACUCGUAAAGAGCAGGAGCAGGAGUACCCUUUUCCAUGUUAUGUAACUAUUAGAAUUCACCCAAUUCAUCAGUUGAUCAGUUUGGUUAGUUUGUCACCAUUUGUGUUUGCAGGCGAAAUAGAGUCCCUGGGCAAUUGAACCUCUUGCUAGUUUGGUCAUGGAUCAGAGUUGAUCAGGUUGACAGUUCAUCAGCGAUCGUAAUCGUAACGGGUUUUCGAUUAGGUCUGUCUCUUU